AUGUUGUCCAAAAACUUCUCCAUUUUGUUCCUGUUUCCAAUCGCUCUAGCAGCCAUCAUCCCAUUGCCAAGUCCACCAAUGCCCAUUCCUGAGCCACCAACUGUCAACGAUUCUCCUUCCCUAACUUCUGAAAAACAAGCGCCUACAGCUCUGGACAUCACGUCAUCAGCACAUCACCUGCCGAGACAGGAAAACGAGCAGAAGACAUCAAGAAACCGAGUUCGAUUGCAUUCUCAUAACUCAAAAGUUUCAAAAGUAUCGAGAACAAGAGAAGUGGAAAUAUUGAGUGAGAAGUGUAAUGAUGAUGGAUUACAACAGAUUAUGCAAGAUGCAAUAACACCGAGCCUCAGCACUUCGAAAAUGGUGAUUUCGGAACGAGCAACACGGGAAUUCGGUGCCAACUUCGAUGUGAUCUGUGCGAGAGGACAUUUCUCUUAUUAUGUAGAAGCAACUUCGUACUGUGAAGUUACCUUAAAUGAUAUCACUUGUCUCGCAUACAAACCAACUUCUCAAUCAGAGAAGAGUUCAAAUGAGAAUGAUAGCUCAAGCGACAUCAUUGAUAUCCGAGAGCAGUUGUUUCAAAAUAGAAAUCUCAAAGAAAAGGAAGAGGAUGAGGCAAAACUAAACCGAUAA